CUCCGGUGGCCUGUUGCGUCACAUCCGGCCCUUGCAAUUCUGGAUUGCGAAACCCUGAAACCCGCGCAAUGAAGAGCGUAUUUGUUACUGUAGGGACCACCAGCUUUGAUGACCUGAUUGCGUGUGUGUCAUCGCACGACUGUCUGCAAAUAAUCGAGAGCCUCGGUUACAGCCGACUUAUCCUCCAAAUUGGGAGAGGGACGGUGGCACCUGAACCGUUCCGUACUGAGUCAUUUACUCUGGAUGUUUAUAGGUACAAGGAUUCGGUAAAAGAAGACCUUCGGAAGGCAGAUCUUGUCAUUAGUCACGCAGGGGCAGGAACCUGUUUGGAGUCGCUGGAAAAAGGAAAACCACUUGUGGUGGUUGUAAAUGAAAAGUUGAUGAGCAAUCAUCAACUGGAAUUGGCAAAGCAGCUACACAAAGAGGGGCAUCUCUUCUACUGUACCUGCAGGAUCCUGAUUUGUCCGGGGAAAGCCAUCAUUGCUUCUGCUCCUGGGAAGUGCCAAGAUACUGCUGUGCUGACUCCAACUGCCUUCUCAUGCCUAGACUUUGGUCUGCUUUCCGGAUACCUGCAUAAGCAUUCCUGCCUGCACCCUGCUUUUUCCUUCUUACCACUCUUCUGCUCCUUCCUCCCUCCUCCCACGCUGUGCACAAUGCAUAAAGGAUGGAAAAAGCACUCCGGCCAGAAGUUUCAGCAUGAGGCAUCAAUGGAUGAAUAUUUAGGCAGCUUAGGGCUGUUUCGAAAGCUGACUGCCAAGGAUGCUUCUUGCCUCUUUCGGGCUAUUUCGGAGCAGUUGUUUUGCAGCCAGGUCCAUCAUUUGGAAAUCAGGAAAGCUUGUGUCUCAUAUAUGAGGGAACAUCGACAAACUUUUGAGUCUUAUGUGGAGGGAUCUUUUGAGAAAUACCUGGAACGGUUGGGAGAUCCCAAGGAAGGUGCUGGCCAGUUGGAAAUAAGGGCUCUUUCUCAAAUUUAUAAUCGGGAUUUCAUUCUUUAUCGCUAUCCUGGAAAGCCUCCAACUUCUAUCACUGAUAAUGGCUAUGAAGAAAAGAUUGUACUCUGCUAUUCAAGUAAUGGUCAUUAUGAUUCUGUAUACUCAAAACGAUUUCAGUCAAGUGCUGCUAUUUGUCAGGCUGUGUUAUAUGAAAUUCUCUAUAAAGAUGUAUUUGUUGUCGAUGAAGAAGAGUUGAAAACUGCAGUUGAAUUGUUUCGAGCUGGUUCUAGGAAGAAUAGAAAUAAUGCUUUGACUGGAAGUGCAGAUACCCAUACUGAUGACAAGAGUUCAACUCAGGAUAGGCUGGAAGAGUUGGGUGCCUGCUGCAGUGUGGAAAAUACACCAGAGGGCCGUAGUCAAGGAACAGAAGCAGCAAAGUCUCCAGAAAAUCCAUCAAAGAUGCUCUUGCCCUAUAAGGUGCUCAAAGCCCUGGAUCCAGAAAUCUAUCGUAAUGUAGAAUUUGAUGUUUGGUUGGACAGCAGAAAAGAACUUCAAAAAUCUGAAUGCAUGGAGUAUGCUGGAAGACAGUACUAUUUGGGUGACAAGUGUCAGGUUCAAUUGCAGUCAGUGGGAAGAUAUUAUAAUGCACAUAUUCAGGAAGUUGGAAAGGAGAACAAUUCAGUAACAGUUUUCAUUGAAGAACUGGCAGAAAAGCAUGUUGUUCCAUUGGAGAAUUUAAAACCAGUUACCCAAGUGACACCUGUUCCUGUGUGGAAUGCUAUGCCUAGUCGGAAAGGAAGAGGUUACCAGAAAAUGCCUGGGGCCUAUGUCCCAGAAAUAGCUAUGUCAGAGAUGGACAUGAAGCAGCGAAAGAAGAUGUUCAAGAAAGUUCGAGGGAAAGAAGUUUAUGUGACUAUGGCUUGCAGCAGGGGAGACGCCUUCCUCCCAUCCAGGUUUCAGCAUGGUGUGCACUAUGGGCAUGAACCUCCAAUGCACUACUCACAGGCAACUGGAAACAUUAUGUCUAAUGAACAUUUUCAUCCUCAGUAUUCAUCUCCAAGACAAGGUCGGGGAUAUGGGGUGCCCAGGGAUUCAUCUCGUUUUAUAAACAGGAACAAUAUGGUGGCCCCUAAAGUUGAUUUUUAUCCUGGCCCAGGUAAAAGAUGCUGCCAUACCUAUGAUAAUUUCUCCUAUAGAUCUCGUUCCUUUAGACGUAGUCACCGCCAGGUGCAUUGUAUGAAUAAAGAGUGCCAGUAUGGCUUUGCCUCAGAGAAUGGACAGAUGCCCAGGGGCAUGGAAGAAACUAUUACUUUUUAUGAAGUUGAAGAAGGGGAUGAAACUGCUUAUCCAACUUUUCCUAACCAUGGAGGUCCCCCUACAGUGGUUCCUGCUGCUUCGAGAUACCGUGUUGCAAGGCGGGGACAUAGAUCAGGCAAACAAACUUUGAAUUCAGAGGAUAAUAGCCAGAAUGACAAUGGGGGAUAUCAGGAAGAAUAUCUUUAUCCUUCAGGGCCAGACUAUGAUACUUCAGGUGUUUAUAGCACAACUAUAUCUACAGCAAACUUGUCUCUCCAGGACAGAAAACCAUGUUCCAUGUCUCCUCAGGACAAAGUUACCUCAUACAACUACCCCAAGAAGGUGAUGGGAAAUUCCGCAGCAAUUGCAACUUCCUCUGCCAAUAAUGUUCCAGCUCCAGUCUUAUCUAGCUGUGCAGCAGCUAAUCAAACUAGUAGUUCCACUUCAGUUUCUUCUCAGAAUGCUGUACAGCCUCUAUUUGUAUCUCCACCUACAAGAGGCAGGCCAGUGAUUGCUUCACCAUCCUUUCCAUACCAUUCUGCUCUUAUACCUGCUGCUGCUGCCACCCCUCUGCCGCCACCACCACCUCCUCCGCCGCCUCCUGAUAUGGGAGAUAUGUCAAACUUACCACCACCUCCUCCACCUUAUUCCUGUGAUCCAAAUGGCAGUGAUCUUCCCCAAGAUACAAAAGUUCUGCAGUACUAUUUCAAUCUGGGAUUACAGUGCUAUCACCAUAACUACUGGCACUCCAUGGUCUGUGGGCCACAGAUGCAGCAGGAGCAGUUUAAUGUAGAGAAUUAUCCAGUCUAUACUGAGCCACCUCCUGUGGUACAUCAUACCCUUCCUCAGCCGUACAAUGAAGUAGUGAGAGCAGAUGGCACUCAGGCAGAAGCAUCAGCAACUGGCCCUUUUCCUAAUGCUGACCCUACAUCUGUCCCUCAUGGAGCAGUCUAUUAUCAAGUAAUGCCGGAUCCCUAUGGGCAGCCACCUUUGCCAGGGUUUGAGUCCUGCAUUCCUGUCAUGCCAGAUUAUUCCUAUGUUGCCCCCUGGCAUCCGGUUGGUGCAGCAUAUGCUGGUUCUUCUCAAAUCCAUGGUGCUAUAAAUCCUGGGCCAGUUGGCUAUAUUGCUGCAUCUCCCUCACCUUCUCAUUAUGUGCCUCAGAAUAUGUAAGAUUUAGCAGUAUGAAGUACUCUUGCACUGCCAUUUUCUUGCUGUUUGGAUUUUUAAAAGUUAUGUUUAAUGUUUAAGUUGUUGGGUGGGUAGAGUGGUUACUAUUGUAUCUAUCUAUAAGAUUAUUUUAUCUUUUAGUUUAAAAUAGUACUUUAAAGAAAUAUUACUUUGGGCUGUGAAUAAGGAAAUAGAGAUGGAUAUCCAACUAGCCCAGUAUUGCCAUCAUUCAUUGUAUUCAGCUGUUUUCCUGUCAGCCAGCUUAUCAACUUUGUAUUUGCUGAUGGUACCAAUUGGUAAAAGAAUAAUUCAUUAUAAACUAUUUCCUUGGUUCAGAAAUCACAUAUCAUAUUAAACUGCAGUAUUGAGAUUACUUCCACUUUUUUCUAUAAAGUAAAACAAAACCAAGAGAAUUUGCUUCAGCUAACUCACUUAAUAUUAAAUAAGAGAGCUCAUGGGGUUUCUUAAGAAUUGUCUGAACUGAGUUGUGUUCUGUAAAAUUGAUCAGUUUUGAAGGUGCAUGGUGCUCUUCUUUACGUUUAACCCAUAGUAUUGUUUAAUAUUAGACUUAGGUGUUUUACUGCACACUAUUGAAUUGGUGUCUUUUGCACAGUUAGCAGUAAAUAAAAACUAGCAUUUAAAAUUGC